GAAGCGGAGGCGCUGCUGUGUGGCAGUGUGUGUUCGACUGGAGAGAGUAGAGCAGACAGAAGACGAAGCGAGACGCAAGGCUUAAAAUGGCUUUACAACUCACCAUCAAUUCCAACAACCCGCCUUUGGUGGCGCUGCUUGCUGCUGAGCAUGUGAAAUCAUCUGUCAGCGUGUCUGUGGAAGAGGGCAAAGAAACCAGCAUGCGGGUCACCGAUAAGGUGCUCUUCAGUGAUGUGAACUCCAUCGCUCGCUACCUGGCUCGGGUUGCCCCGGCUCUCGGGCUCUAUGGCUCCAACCUGCUGGAGCAGACUGAGGUUGACCACUGGCUGGAGUUCAGCGCGAAGCAUCUGUCUGUCCCAGCCCAGCUGGACUCUGCAGUCCGGGAGCUCGACAGCGCCCUCUGUCUGCGAACUUUCCUGGUGGGGAACUCCCUGACCCUGGCUGACCUCUGUGCUUGGGCGGCUCUCAAAGGGAACGGAGCCUGGCAGCAGCAACUCUCUCAGAACCGGGCUCCGGGACAUGUCAAGCGCUGGUACAACUUCCUAGGAACGCAGGCCGCCUUCAAAUCUGUGGGCAGCAAGUGGGCGACCACAGCAGUGCAGCAGAAUGGAGUGCAGUCAUCAGAGAAAAAGCAGGACGUAGGGAAGUUCGCUGAGCUGCCCGGAGCUGAGAUAGGGAAGGUGGUGGUCCGAUUUCCUCCAGAAGCCAGUGGCUACCUGCACAUAGGCCAUGCCAAGGCUGCCCUGCUGAACCAGCACUACCAGGUGAACUUCAAGGGUAAGCUGAUCAUGCGCUUUGACGACACCAACCCCGAAAAGGAGAAGGAAGAUUUCGAGAAGGUUAUCCUGGAGGACUUGUCUCUGCUGCAAAUCCACCCUGACCAGUUCACCUACACCUCAGACCACUUUGACUUGAUCCUCAAGCUGGCAGAGAAGAUGCUGCACGAGGACAAGGCCUACAUUGACAACACACCUGCCGAGCAGAUGAAACAGGAGAGAGAGCAGAGGGUCGAGUCUCACAACCGUUCCAACUCUAUAGAGAAGAACCUGCAGAUGUGGGAAGAAAUGAAGAAAGGCAGCGAGUACGGGCAGACCUGUUGCAUGAGGGCCAAGAUUGACAUGAAAUCCAACAAUGGCUGCUUGAGAGACCCCACCAUGUACCGCUGCAAGAACCAGCCACACCCACGCACUGGCAACAAGUACAAGGUGUACCCCACAUACGACUUCGCCUGCCCGAUUGUGGACAGCGUAGAGGGGGUGUCCCAUGCGCUGCGUACCACAGAGUACCACGACCGGGACGAGCAGUUCUACUGGUUCAUCGAGGCUCUGGGAAUCCGCAAACCCUACAUCUGGGAAUACGCCAGACUCAACCUCAACAACACUCUGCUCUCCAAGAGGAAGCUCACAUGGUUUGUGGACCAGGGCUUCGUGGAAGGCUGGGAUGAUCCUCGAUUCCCCACUGUCAGAGGGGUACUCCGGAGGGGCAUGACUGUCGAGGGGCUCAAGCAGUUCAUCGCUGCCCAAGGUGGUUCCAAGUCUGUUGUCAACAUGGAGUGGGACAAGAUCUGGGCUUUCAAUAAGAAGCUGCCAAUUAGCUGUAAAAAGGUGAUUGACCCAGUGGCACCCCGAUACACGGCUCUGCUGAAAGAUGAGGUCGUCCCAGUCAACAUCCUCGCAGCCAGCGAGGAGUACAAAGAGGUGGCCAAGCACCCCAAGAACGCAGAGGUGGGAGUGAAGCCGGUGUGGUACGGGCCUCGCGUCCUGGUGGAGGGGGCCGAUGCAGAGACCUUCAAAGAGGGAGAGACCGUUACCUUCAUCAACUGGGGCAACAUUGACAUCACCAAGAUACACAGAGAUGCGAGCGGGCGCAUUGUGUCCCUGGACGGUCAGCUGAAUCUGGAGAACCGUGACUACAAGAAAACCACCAAGAUCACCUGGCUGACGGAGACCCCCCGAGCCCCACUGGUGCCCACCAUGUGUGUCGUCUAUGAUCACCUCAUCACCAAGCCUGUGCUGGGCAAAGAGGACAACUUCAAAGACUACAUCAACAAGAACAGCAAGACAGAGGAGAGGAUGCUGGGAGACCCAUGCCUAAAGGAUCUGAAGAAAGGCGACAUCAUCCAGCUGCAGAGGAGGGGCUUCUACAUCUGCGACCAGCCCUAUGAGCCAGUCAGCCCAUACAGCUGCAAGGAGUCCCCAUGCGUACUGCUCUUCAUCCCGGACGGACACACCAAGGAGAUGCCCACUGCUGGCUCCAAGGAAAAGAGCAAAGCAGAGGCCAGCAAGAAAGGGGUGAGCAGUGAGCCCCAUCCACUUCCUUUACAAAAAGACCACGUACAGACACAGUCUCUGAGCCACCCAGCCACCUCCACACUGCCCCCAGCUGGCCAGGAGGACUCUGUAACUCUGCUCAACCGAAUCACAGCGCAGGGGGAGGCAGUCCGUGACCUCAAGGCCAAGAAAUCUCCCAAAGAGGAGAUUGAUGCAGCCGUCAAGCAGCUGCUGGCUCUUAAGGCAGAGUUUAAACAGAAGACUGGGCUGGACUACAAACCAGGCAUGGCUCCUCCCAGCCCUGCCCCUACACAGGCAGCCCCCGCCUCCUCCUCCAGCCCCUCCUCAUGCCCCUACGAGACAGUGGCUCAGCAGGGAGAGCUGGUCAGGAAGCUCAAGACAGAGAAGGCACCCAAGGACCAGAUCGACGCUGCCGUCAAGCAGCUGCUGGCUCUGAAGGCAGAGUUCAAACAGAAGACUGGGCUGGACUACAAACCAGACAUGGCCCCUCUCACACAGACAACGCCCACUCCCAGCCCCGCCCCUUCACAGUCAGCCCCCACCUCCAAAGGGAGUCCAGCCGACACCCCCGAAGCCCAGGCUCUCUUCAACAAGGUAGCAGAGCAGGGAGAGCAGGUCAAGAAGCUAAAGGCAGAGAAGGCACCCAAGGACCAGGUGGACGCUGCAGUGAAGUCCCUUCUUGACCUGAAAGCUCACUAUAAGACUCUGAGCGGGGUUGAGUACAAGCCAGCUGGCGGGGAGGACAGGAGGAAAGAGAACAAGUCUGAGAAACAGAGCAAGAAGCAAGGAGGAGAGGCGCGGCGAGGCAAAGAGCCGACAAGGGAGCAGGACAAGAGCGCAGGGUCUGGGGGAGCAGGGGAGGGACAGGGCCCGAAGAAACAGACACGGUUGGGUCUGGAGUCUAAGAAGGAGGAGAAUUUGGCAGACUGGUACUCACAGGUGAUCACCAAGGCAGAAAUGAUUGAGUACUACGACGUCAGCGGCUGCUAUGUGUUGCGGCCCUGGUCCUUCGCCAUCUGGGAGACCAUCAAGAGCUUCAUUGACGCAGGGAUCAAGAAGCUGGGCGUGGAGAACUGCUACUUCCCCAUGUUUGUUUCUCAGGCCGCCCUGGAGAAGGAGAAAUCGCACAUUGCCGACUUUGCACCCGAGGUCGCCUGGGUAACUAGAUCUGGGAAAACUGAGCUGGCAGAACCCAUUGCUGUCCGUCCCACGAGCGAAACAGUGAUGUACCCAGCCUAUGCCAAGUGGGUGCAGUCCCACAGAGAUCUGCCAAUAAAAUUGAACCAAUGGUGUAACGUGGUGCGGUGGGAGUUCAAGCACCCCCAGCCGUUCCUGCGCACCCGGGAGUUCCUGUGGCAGGAGGGGCACACCGCCUUCGCCACAAAAGAGGAGGCUGCUGAGGAGGUGCUUCAGAUCCUGGAGCUGUACGCGCAGGUGUAUGAGGAGCUGAUGGCCAUUCCGGUGGUGAGGGGCCGGAAGACUGAGAAGGAAAAGUUUGCUGGGGGAGAUUACACUACCACCGUGGAGGCUUUCAUCUCUGCCAGUGGCAGAGCCAUCCAGGGCGCCACCUCACACCACCUGGGUCAGAACUUCUCCAAGAUGUUUGACAUCACGUUUGAGGAUCCGAAGCGGCCGGGAGAGAAGCAGUUUGUCUUCCAGAACUCGUGGGGUCUGACUACCCGCACCAUUGGGGUGCUCACCAUGGUGCACGGGGACAACAUGGGGCUGGUGCUGCCACCCAGGGUGGCCUGUCUGCAGAUCAUUAUCAUUCCCUGUGGAAUCACUGCCUCCCUCCCCGAGGAGGAACGAGACACACUCCUCCAAAAAUGCUCCCAGUAUCUGGACAGACUCCUGAAGAUCGGGAUCCGUGCCAAGGCUGACCUCAGAGACAACUACUCUCCCGGCUGGAAGUUCAAUCACUGGGAGCUCAAGGGUGUCCCGGUGCGUGUGGAGGUAGGACCUCGUGAUAUGAAGAGCAGUCAGUUUGUGGCGGUGCGCAGAGACACAGGAGACAAGCUAACCAUCAAAGAGGAUGAGGCAGAGAACAGGAUGAGAGACCUGCUGGAGGAGAUUCAGACCAACCUGUACACGAGGGCUUCCAAUGACUUGAAGAAACACAUGGUUGUUGCCGACUCGAUGGAGCAGUUUCAGAAAGAAAUGGACCAGGGCAAGAUUGUGCAGAUUCCAUUCUGCGGUGGGAUUGAGUGUGAGGAUUGGAUCAAAAAGACCACUGCAAAGGACCAGGAUGUGGAGCCUGGAGCGCCCUCUAUGGGAGCCAAGAGUCUCUGCAUCCCCUUCAAACCCCUGCAGGAGCUGAAGGCUGGACAGAUGUGUGUGAGCGGCAAGGAGCCUGCCAAGCACUACACACUGUUCGGACGCAGCUACUGAAGAGAGCGAGCCCAACUGAGACUCCGACCAGUCCAAUCCUAACUCCGGUUCACUAAUACCACACCCCCACUAGUCCUGCACCCAGGCCUGGUUUUUACCGCUCCCCUUGAUGACCAGAUGCAAGGAAUUCAAGCAGUCAGUCCUGCUAGAUCUGCUCCAAACUGAUCGCACUUUGUCACAGUGCAUAAAUAAGUGUCACUAGAUUAAGUUUACUAACAGAAGUUGUUCCUGUAGCUCUGUUUAAAACAGGUCUGGUUGCUCUUGUUAAUUUUAAUAAUACACUUAAUUUAGGGUAGCUCCAAAACCCAGGACUGGGUGCAGGGCUAGUGUGCUGUUAAUAUUAUGACUGUUAAAGUGCAGAUCCCAGGGCUCAGUAAUGUUAAUCUAACCCUAGUGUUACUAUUCCUGACCCAAGGAAAAGUAGUUCUGCAAUAGUAACACAUUGGUGUGUUUUAAUGGACUAACCUAUUAUGUGGACCCUAACCCAACCCACCCUUCUUCAAACUGACUGCUAGUGCAGAAAGCUAACAGGUUGUGUUUUAUCAGACAGAAUUAAAGCUCAAUAUUAAAAAAGGAAUUAUAAAAUA